UCUUGUUUAAAGGCUCCAGCGCGUGUUCACCCUUGCAUUACAGUUCUUUUACGUUUUCUCUCGCUCGACCCAUCCUACCGCCCGUGUGUUUUGAAGGCGUAGGAAUUAUUACGUAAGGACCCGAGCUCGUGAUUUUUAUGGAUAUUGUCCGUCAGAAAUACUCCGCUAAACAUGCUGAUUUAGAAUAAGUACCCAACGUAUUUUGACGUUUUGGCAGAACAAGAUGGAACGAGUUUUCACCACCAAACCGCAGCAAGCAGGUAGAUCGGCCGUCGGAUUGGCGGCUAUUUGGGACAGGAUAAACAUGAUUUCUUUUUCCAACUAGGGACCACGCACACUAGAUCUUCAAUGAUGAGCAGCACAAGUUCAACGUCCGCCCUUGCCCGCCGCCGCAUCGGCGAGAUUUUCCAACAAAGCGCAUUGGCCCCCGCCACGUCCUCUUCUUCUUCCUCCUCAACAACUAAACCCGCCGCAGUUUUCGGCGUGGAGUUCGUUCCCGCGGACGACAAAACCGUCUAUCAACUGUAAAAAUGUUUGGGUCUGGAAGAUUCUGACAGUUGUCAUGCACGUUUUGCAUGAGCCCUGAUGUCUGUGAUGCAUGCCCUAGCAUCACAGAUUUUUUGAGAGCUUCUCGAUGCCUAUUCCGCAUGAUAAAUGCCCUCUUCGCGUAGCAAAAAUUACAUUCCCUUUGGUACUCAUGCAAGACAGAUUUUUUUGGAAUCCAAAUGCAGCAUCUCAAAUUGCAUUCUUCCAGACCCAGACAUUUUUACAUUUGAUACCGUCGUGGCGCAGCGGAUUUCCCGAACGCAGAAAUGGCAGCCCGCCUGGGUCGGGGUCACGUGGCACGUGACGCAGGCGGACCAGAGCAGAAAAACGCUGCAGUUGGUGCAGAAUUUGACGCAAAACACGGAGUUGAACUGCAUGAUGCACCUGACCUGCCGCGACAUGACCAAAACCCAAAUCCGCGAGGUGCUCGACCAGUGCAAAGCGCUGGGCGUGCGAAACAUUCUGGCCUUGCGGGGCGACGGCAUGACGGCGGGAACCCCGAAGGGGGAUCAUGGGGGUGCCACUACCAGUACCUCCUCUUCGCCGGUCACGACCGAGGCAGCGGUGGAGGGAACAGGUUGUGAAGUAGACGAUAAAAAUGUAGUGAACAAAAACCACUCCGACCAGCAGUUUCAAUACGCGAUCGAAUUGAUUCAGUUCAUCCGCACGGAAUACGGCGAUUUUUUCGGCAUUGCGUGUGCGGGGUACCCGGAGAUGCACCCAGAUUCCAAGCAGGAUUUGGAAAAGGACAUUUUCUUUUUGAAGCAAAAAGUAGCCGCCGGCGCGGACGUGAUCAUUACCCAGUUUUUCUACGACGUGGGGAAAUUUUUCGAGUUCAAAAUACAGUGUCGGAAGAGUGGGAUCGAGUGUCCGAUAAUACCGGGCAUCAUGCCGAUUACGAGUUACGCCCGGCUGGGAAAGAUCAACCGGUGGAACCCCACGGCGGCGGUUCCGGCGGCCUUGCGAGAGGAACUGGAGAAGCGGAAGGAGGAUGGUGCUGCGUUGCGCGCGUUUGGCAUCGAGGAGUGUGUGAGAAGUUGUAGAUUGCUGUUGGAAGAGGAGUAUGGGGCUGCAGAGGGGGAAAAGUUCUUGCCAGGGUUGUACUUCUUCACGUUGAAUCAAGAUGAUGUGAUACAUGAAAUUUUGAAAGCUUUGAAGCUGGUGGAAUGAAGAGUGUGGCUCGAAGGAUUAGACGUUGGUCGGCACAGUGCUGAUUUCACUUGAUACGAAGGCGCUAUCUGAAAAGCGCGCACUGAACUAAGGCAAUAGCGACAAGUAUGGUCGCGUCUGCAUUGUGUUCCAUGCGGUCUCGUAGCUCCGGUGAAUGUAAGAAGGGCCUGGAAGCUGCUGCGCACCUUGAUACAAGAAGCACAACGCGCUCCAAAGG